AGAUUGAGUGAGAGAGAGAGGUCUUAUAUUUUAGUGAUAUAGUCAUAUGUUUUUGUUUCAUAAAGUUGAAUAUCAAUGAUAACGUUAGAGAGAGAGAGAGAGAGAGAGAGAGAGAGAGAGAGAGAGAGAUAGUAAUAUUGUUCAUUGGGGUCGCUAGCUAGUAUUAGUAGAAAGAAAAAGAAAGCACACACACAUAUAUGUAUAUAUAUAUCCAAGCAUCCAAGCUUGGGUGAAUAAUAUCUCCAAUCUUGGUCCUUAUUAUAUCGAUGGCUUUAGCAAUUGAGAGUAACAUUAUGAGAUGUCAUGAAGAGAGCAAGGUGUUUACAGUGGAGUCGCAGAAGGCGGUACCGGCUCCAUUCCUGACAAAGACAUACCAGCUUGUUGAUGAUCCUCUGACGGACGACAUUGUGUCUUGGGGCGAUGAUGAAACCACUUUCGUCGUUUGGAGGCCACCUGAGUUUGCUAGAGACCUUCUUCCAAACUACUUCAAACACAACAAUUUUUCAAGCUUUGUGAGACAGCUCAAUACCUAUGGGUUUAAGAAAAUAGUAGCAGAUAGAUGGGAGUUCGCAAACGAGAAUUUUAGAAAAGGAGCAAAGCACUUAUUAUCAGAAAUCCACAGAAGAAAAGCUUCCCAACAACAACAACAACAACAAUAUUACCAAACCAUCAAUAAUCACCAUCUUCAACUUGGCGAUCAACAACAACAUCAUUAUUCCCACUUAACAUUCCAACAAGCUGAUUAUAACGACACCGCAUUUGGUUGGAGUAAUACUACUAGUAAAUUUUCAGAAACUCCUUCUCCAUUACUAGAAUCUGAUCAUCAUAAUCCAAAACCCUACGCUGAUGAUCAUAAUAUUUUAUCUGUUCUAACCCAAGAUAACCAAAGGCUUCGGAGAAAAAACUUCAUGCUCAUGUCCGAGCUCACUCACAUGAAGACCCUAUACAAUGACAUUAUCUACUUCAUCCAAAACCAUGUCCAACCGGUCGUGCCUUCUACAGUCGGUACUUCUGGUUCGGCUAUUCUGAAGAUCAUGGAGCAGGGUUCUUCGUCUCCGGUUCGAAAUCAUGUUUCCGAUGGUAAAGUCAAUAGUAGUGGUAGUAUGGAUUUUACUAAAAGCUGUGGGGCUUUAACUACUCAUGACGACAAAAAUGGGACUAGUAGUGGUGUUAAGCUUUUUGGGGUUUCUUUAAGCGGGAGAAAGAGAGUGCACCCUGAAACGACGACGGAUUCAUCCAUAUGAGACUAGUCUAGUUCAUUGUAUCAAUCACUCGCUAGCUCUACUUGAUCAUAAUAUAUUAAUUAUAACAUUUUCAUCUUAGGUUGAGUUAGAAAAGAUGAAGAAUCGUUAGCCAUAUAUGUACUGAGAUGUACGUACGUAGAUAUUUUAAAUGCUGAAAUCUUUCAUAUAUAUAUAUAUAUAUAUAUAUA